ACCUCCUUCUUUAGGCCUUGGCUGGACUACGGAAGCCUGUUAGGGAAACCAGGAAGAGCUCAGCAGACAGGAGGAGAUGCACACAUGAUUAUCUUCUUCUGUUUUGUAAUGCAAACUAUUUUAUAAAUGCUUAUAGUGCGCUUUUAAAACAACUUUCCGAAUAACAGUACUCAUCUCUAUUGGUGUUUUAAAUUCAAGGAAACGCUUUUGUAACAUCUCUCAGUAUAUAACUCAUUCAUCAAGGUCACACCAGUACCGGUGGAUGUAGUUAGUGGGAGUUAAUCCUUCAGCACGUUGGAUUAGAGGAAAGUUAAAAGCCAUAAAGUGCAAGAAAUAUGGCUGGACUGAUCAACUUUGAAGAUGAGAAUGAAGUGAUGCAGUUUUUGGACAAUUUGGGAGUGGAGUACAGCUUCCAGUGCUACAAAGAAAAGGAUCCUGAAGGGUGCCAAAGGCUCUCAGACUACUUUGAAGGAGUGAAGAAAAACUAUGAAGCUGCAGCACAAGUCCUCAAACACAACUGUGAAACAAACGGACACGGAGAGAGCUGCUAUAAACUGGGGGCGUACCAUGUCACAGGCAAAGGUGGAGUGACUGAGUGUCUGAAAACAGCCUACUCCUGCUUCAUGCGCUCCUGCAACUCCAAAGGAAAGAAGUCUAUAGACGCCUGCCAUAACGUCGGUCUGCUGGCCCACGAUGGACGAGCUAGUGACGAAGGACCUGACAUCACGGUGGCUCGGCAGUACUACGAGAAGGCCUGCUCUGGUGGCUUCGCUCCGUCCUGCUUUAACCUCAGUGCUUUGUACAUUGAGGGCAACUCCAAAGGACUGGCACCGGAUAUGAAUCAGGCUUUUAAGUAUGCUACCAGGGCCUGUGAGCUGGGACACGUGUGGGGCUGCGCAAACGCCAGUCGUAUGCACAAACUCGGGCACGGCACAGAGAAGGAUGAGAAGAAAGCUGAGGAGCUGAAGAAUCGAGCGAAGGAGCUGCAUGGUUUAGAGAAGGAAAGGCAGCUCAAAUUUGGGGAGUGAAUGUGACACUUGGUUAAAUUAUCGUUGAUUUGGUUUGCCUACACGUCUGCUGUUCAGUCAGGUUGUUUGUGGGGACAAGUUUAUGUGUGUGCAAAAAGAAAACCUGUUCAAAGGUAGGAGAGGAUAUGUUGUUUAAAAAAGAAGGUUAAAUGGAUGUUUACCUCAUUUACAGUGAGUCAACAGUCAAAUUCAGGGAGCAGUGUUUACCUAUUAUUAUUUCGGCCACAUGUAUAGAUGAUGUAAAUGUGAAAGCAAUAAAAUGAACUAUGAUUCAUGUAAAGUAGUUGGUUAUUAAUAAUGUCUUUGAAGGGCUAUGAUUUGUGGUAUAGAAAAAAUUAGGCACAAGCAUAUAAGGUAAAAGGGCAGUUUGAACUCUGUGUACUAUCCUCAGAUCAGCUUCAGAUUGUCACAUGCAUCAACCUUCAUAUAAUACUAUGCAUAAAUAUCCAUUGUAUAUGUUGUUAGUACGGUAUGCCACAUAAUUUACUUUAAUUUAAACAAACCUUGCGUAACAUGACAAAUGUGCGGCCUGAAAUCUCGAAGCUCGAAGCUCCCGAGGCCCUUUUCUGCAGGUCAUCACCUCUCUCCCCCUUUCAUAACUAUAAAGGCAAAAAGCCCCAACAAAAUAUAAAAAAAACAAACAUGUGAUAUGAUACAGUACUAUAGGCUACUAA